AUGUGCAGCAUAGUUCCCAGUCUGGUCAAUCUUCACUUUAACCCACAGCGUUGACAUGCCUACCCAAACUGCUCUCUGGCUCCCGAAAGAAUUCGGGCAGUACGAACUUGCUACAAGGGAUAUUGGGAAACCAGGCCCCGAUGAAGUGCUUGUCAAGCUGAUGGCGACCGCGGUUAAUCCCUUAGACUGGAAAAUUCAAGAAAUUGGUUACUUUAUGAUAAAGGACUACCCUGCUGUACUAGGUUUCGAAGGUGCUGGAAUUGUAGAAGACGUUGGUGAGAACGUUAUUGAACAUGUUAAAGGUGAUGAAGUUUUCUUCUCGGGAUUCAUGACGAACAGGCAUUCGACCUUUCAGCAAUAUGUCAUCGUGCUAGCUGUUCACGCCGCCAAGGCAUACCAAGCUGCAUCCAUUCCAGUUGGCCUCGCAACAGCUGUUGAUGCACUUUAUUCGCCAAAACCACACGGGUUUGCGUUCACACCUCCUUGGGAAGAAGGAGGAAGGGGCAAGUACAAAGAUCGAUCCAUUGUUGUUCUGGGCGGGGCUUCUGCUGUAGGGCAAUUUGGCAAGUUGUCAAAUGAAUUGGCUCCUUCAUUUUUCAUCCAAGUAGCAAGGCUAUCCGGAUUUUCUCCCAUCAUCACCACGGCCUCACUUCACAAUACGACACUAUUAACUUCUCUUGGGGCUACACAUGUUGUGGACCGCCACCUUCCGCUUUCUUCGCUGGCUCAGGAAGUCGCUAAAGUCACGUCUACCCCCACAAACUUAGUGUUUGACGCGGUGGCAACCUCUGAGACUCAACAGGCUGGAUACGAUCUUCUCGUUUCGGGAGGACAGAUUGCAGUUGCGCUCCCUCCCACUAUCCAGACAAAGCUUGAGGACGACAAGCAAGUCCUCAAGAUGUGGGGGUCAUUCUAUCCUCCAGAAAAGAGAGAAUUUGGUACACGCAUGUAUAGUCAACUGACCCGAAUGUUUGCAGAGGCAGAGUUGGUGCCCCUCCCUGUGGAGGUGUUACCUGACGGUCUAAACGGCAUUGUCGCCGGCUUGGAGAGACUGAAGAACAAUUUAAUAAGUGGAAAGAAGCUUAUCGCACACCCUUGGGACACUGCGUAGUACGCAGGACACGAGAAAUAUGUUCGUUGCUGGUUAGAAUCUGUCGAGUUUAACAAUUGGCCAGGCUGUUACCCGAGAACGAAAACUAAAUUAGCACUGAUAAUACACGAUGUACAAAGCUGCAGUGAUUCGGUCUCUCGCAGGCUUCUCCCGCAAUAUCCGAU